AUGUUCAUCACAUUGACAGAUUGCUUAUAUGAAGAGAGAAAAUUUUCGACAACAAAAACAAUUUUAGAAAAAUUUUUUGGAUCAAAAAAAUUUUUUUUUGAAUUUUUACUCAAGCAAAAAAUUAAUUGUUUAAGCAUUUCUGUCAAUGUUAUUGAAAGGAAUUUUCUAAUUAUCAAAAAUAUUUUUUUAGUGAUAUCUUCAAAAGUACAAGCUUCGGAUUAUUGUGACUUUUGUCUUGGCGAUUUGACAAAAAAUGCGGCUGGGAAAGCUGAGGAAUUGGUUUCCUGUCAUGAUUGCGGACGCUCUGGUCAUCCAACUUGCCUUAAAUUUACCAAAAAUAUGUUGAUCUCUACUAAAAGAUAUGGCUGGCAAUGCAUUGAAUGCAAAGCCUGUAGCAUUUGUGGAACUUCAGAAAAUGAUCAUCAACUGCUUUUUUGGUAUGUUGAGUAAAUCGAGUAACAGGAAGUCACGGGUUGGGGAAAAGUCGAGUUGGAUCCAAAUUUUUUCGGACCGGGGAGGUUGGAAAUUCGUGUCGGGUCAAUUUUGGGGAUUAAAAGGGAACAAACCGGGGGUUGGAAAAUUUCCCGGAUCGGGUCUUGGGUCGGGGAAAAGCCUGGAAUUCGGGUAAUCCUAACAAAA